UUUGUCAGCCGCCGUGCCCGGCAUAUACUUAUUGUACAUGCAAACAACGUCAAUAACUUAGCUAUAACUGUAAGUAUCAUGCAACACUGGUUCAGCAGCGAGUGACAACGCGAUGAGGUGAACAGUGCGACAUGUUCCUACUUUUCCCCUCUUCUUUUCAGAAUCGGCAUCAGAUUUAGUCCUUACAGUAAGUAGGAGUAAUUUGUUCUGUGGUGACAUGUGAAGAAUAAGACAUGUUCUUAAUAAUUGGCAGCAGAUUUACUCAUGUCGUACAAGAUGUAAGAACAGUCUACAUAUAUACGGAGGACUCCACUCCGUAGCUUAGCAAGUUUAAACAUGACCGAAGGCUCGGAGCCUCGGAGGCUGAGUCUUUUAUAGCUGGCGUACGCAAGUCUAGACGUCGAUGAGAAAGUAAGCAUGCAUGACCAUGACGAAGACAAGUAGACAAACCGUCCGUCCUUCGGUCCUUGUGUCACUGGAUCUAAACAGCAGGUCUUCACUAUGCACCUGCACAUUGUAGCUCGAUUACCGCGAGUCCGCUAGGAUCAUCCAGCCGGCCGCCCGGUCGCCAACCAACCAUGGAUUCGUGGAGUCGUGGUUGCACGAGCGGCGGUGCCCGGCUCGGUACACGGCGACUCAACUAGGACGAAAUUAAAGCCGCCACAGGGCCCCGGUGCAUGUGUGUCUAACGUAACCAUGCAUCAUUGAGCAUUUUAACAGAGAAACCGGCCGGUAUGCGGAUUGCUAUCCGCCGUAGCAGUCACUAAUCAGGAAACCACAACUCGCAGAUUCGCAGCAGCUUAAGAAUGAAGAUCCCAUUCGAAAUCAACACAACCGCAUCCGAUUCCAUGGCCCAACCGCGCGCGCGCACGAACGUACGCCACGACUCGUGCGCGACGCGCGCGCUAACACGACACUUUGCGCUCAAAUGCAGCCGGACCGUCACGUUGCUUGCGCUGUUGGCUGUUGCGCACCUAAGCUAUGUCAAGUGUCAACUUGCUUGCGUUGCUCCACUCUUCUGUCUGCUCCUCGUUUAUAACAGCUGGAGUGUUGGUUGGCUCUGGCUGCAUCGACGCGCGCAGGCGGUUGGGUUUUGCUACGACGAAGAAGGCGUAGCCGCACACCCGUGCGCGCGGUUUCGUUCGCGAUGGUGGCGAAGAAGCCGAGGGUUGUGGUGGUGGGCGCGGGGAUAUCGGGCCUCGCGGCGGCGCACCGGCUGUGCGGCGCGGGCGGGGACAGGUUCGAGGUGGCGGUGGUGGAGGCCGGCGACCGAGUCGGCGGCCGGAUCCUCACGUCCGAGUUCGCCGGCCACCGGGUCGAGAUGGGCGCCACGUGGGUGCAGGGCGUCGUCGGGAGCCCCGUGUACGCUCUGGCGCGCGACGCCGGCGCGCUCGGGGAGGAGGAGGGUCGUGGUCUCCCGUACGAGCGCAUGGACGGCUUCCCCGACCGCGUGCUGACCGUCGCAGAGGGCGGCGAGGUCGUCGACGCGGACACGGUGGCUGGCCCGAUCGAGGAGCUGUACAGGGGCAUGAUGGAGGCCGCGCGCGCCGGCGAGGCUGGUGGUGGAGGCGGCGUGGAGGAGUACCUGCGCCGUGGCCUACGGGCGUACCAGGCGGCGCGGUCUGCCGGCGGCGGCGGCGGCGGCGGCAAGGAGCUUGAGGAGGUGGACGAGGCGCUGCUCGCCAUGCACAUCAACCGGGAGCGGACCGACACCUCCGCCGACGACCUCGGCGACCUCGACCUCACCGCCGAGGGCGAGUACCGCGACUUCCCCGGCGAACACGUCACGAUUCCCGGCGGCUACUCCCGCGUGGUCGAGCGCCUCGCCGCUGCGCUCCCGCCCGGCACCGUCCGCCUCGGACUCCGUCUCCGCCGUCUCAAGUGGGGCGGAACCCCUGUCCGCCUCCACUUCGCGGAUGGCGCGCCGCCGCUCACCGCCGACCACGUCAUCCUCACGGUCUCGCUGGGCGUCCUCAAGGCCAGCCUCGGCAACAAGGACACCGCCGGCGUUGGCGCGGCCGCCAUCGCCUUCGACCCGCCGCUCCCGCCUUUCAAGCGCGAGGCCGUCGCGCGCCUCGGCUUCGGCGUCGUGAACAAGCUGUUCAUGGAGGUGGAGGCCGUGGCGCCAUCGGAACCGGAGGACGUCGCCGGCGUGCAGCCGGCGGCGGCGGGCUUCCCGUUCCUGCACAUGGCGUUCCGGGGACACGUGUCCAAGAUCCCGUGGUGGAUGCGCGGCACGGAGUCGAUCUGCCCCGUCCACGCGGGCUCCACCGUGGCGCUGGCGUGGUUCGCCGGCCGGGAGGCGGCGCACCUCGAGUCCCUCCCCGACGACGACGUCAUCCGCGGGGCCCACGCCACGCUGGACUCCUUCCUCCCGGCGGCGCCACGGUGGAGGGUGAGGAGGAUCAAGCGGAGCGGGUGGGCCACGGACCCGCUCUUCCUCGGGUCAUACAGCUACGUGGCCGUCGGAUCGAGCGGCGACGACCUCGAUCGCAUGGCCGAACCGCUGCCACGUGGGCCAGACGCCGCCGCCGACGAGCGGCCGCCGUCGCCGCGGCUGCUGUUCGCCGGCGAGGCGACGCACCGCACGCACUACUCAACGACGCACGCCGCGUACCUGAGCGGCGUGCGCGAGGCUAACCGGCUGCUGCAACACUACCGCGGCGGAGCGAAUCACACCACGUAGCAAUUUUUUUCCCUUGUGAUCACGAUUUGCGUUGCUCAUCUCAAACAAUGGUGUGAUUCACGUGGUUGGAUAUGGCUUAAUUUGCCGGUUUGGCGAUCCAUGUUGCUUCAGGUAUGGAGAUAAAAUUGAGAUAUGAGGAGGUGAUGUGUUCUUCUAGUACAUGUGUAAAACGUGUUCUCUCUUCACCUCUUCGGGAAUCGAGAGAAAUUGUCAAUCCAUGUCCGUAUUGGUCUAGGGAGACUGGUGAGUUCAGCAAAACAGUGUCUACUUUGAAAUU